AUGGCCUCGGCGAUCUGUAUCAGGGCACUUGCCCUGGUUCCUCCACACAGUAUCUUCGCAUUUCGAGAUGUGUCUUGGGUCUGGAGAAGACACAUUGUUCCUUCCUCAUGCCUGCUUGUCGCGCCGCCAUGGAACUGGAUGUUCCAAACGGGCUCAGACUCAAACAAGAUCACCGUUAUCAACGAUAACCCAAAGUUCAUCCUGCCGCGGACUGUCGAAAGUAGCUUGAAGCUCGACCGAAUGAUGGAGCUUGAUCGUGAGGACACAACAUUCAAUCCACCGACCAAGGCAGAGAGGAGGCGACAAGAGAUCAGCGCCACAAGACGGAGUAGUGCUAGCGUUGCCGCCUCUAGCCUAAGGGCUCACGAGCGCUUGCCGCAUCAGUCCUCUGUAGCUGCCGACUUUGACGACGCCUUCAAAUCGCAAUUGCCGUAA